UUGCUUUUGUAUCAGCUCACCGUUAAUAAUGGUGGUGUUACCAGUGACAACAAGGAAGGGAGGCCUAGAUUUUUUGACUUGGAGGCUAGAAAGAAAUGCUGGGACACAGCCGAGAAGGUUCCAGGUCGAGAUCCUGAGAGGUGGAGAAAAGAUGUAGCUGGCAACAUUGUUGGCAAGCGAUUCCACAGCUGCCUAGGUUGCCUUUGCUUUGAGUAUGAUCACAUCGUUCCCUUCUCUAAAGGUGGUGAUUCUGUGGCAGAGAACUGUCAAAUUCUUCAAACAAGGGUGAAUAGAUCUAAAGCAGACAAGGUUGCUAUUAGCACAACACAGUUGAAAGGAUAUUCUUGUGACAUCAACUUCAGUGAUGAAGACCUUGACAAGAUUGAGAUGGCUGUUUAUGGGGAUAUUAAGCGAUCAGACAAUCAAUGUCGUGUUCCAACAAUUGAUGAAAUAAUGGGGAAAUACAAGCCUAAGAAGCGCAUUGCGAGCUGCAACUCCCAAUAAUAGCUUGCUUUUUAGGAUCUGAAAUAUAAGCCAUUAAGUAAGAUAGCAACUAUGAUAAGUAGUGAUUUUGGUGGAAUCUCCGCUUUCUAUUUAUGUUGAUUUGACAUUGAGCUUAAAGAAAGAGAAUUUAUUAAUGUGUAUUGGUCUUAUGUUGAUUGUGCAGCAUUCUUGCUCCUCUGUACCUUUCUUUUCUGGUAACUAAUUCUUGUUCCUCUA